AUGUACUCGGUGUCGAAGCUGGUCGACUAUCCCAACAAAACUCCGCAAUUUGACAGCAUCUUCAAGGCCUUCGCGGCUAUCAAUAACAAUACUCAAAGUGAAGAUUGCUUGACUCUGAAUGUCUGGUCAAAGCCAGACUCAAAUAAGCUCAAGCCCGUCUAUGUCAAUUUUUACGGUGGUCGAUGGACAAGUGGCACGACCGAUACCCCUUUUUAUUAUGGCGGCGGAUUUGCUGAUGCAGAGGAUGUAAUCGUCGUGGCGGUCAACUACCGCAUGAACAUCUUCGGGUUUCCUGGUCUACCUGGACACCCUCCCAACCUUGGUCUUCUAGACCAACGUUUGGCCGUUGAAUGGGUAAAACAAAAUAUCCACGGAUUCGGGGGCGACCCAGACCGCAUAACUAUAUCUGGCCAGUCCUGCGGAAGUGCUUCCGUCGAUUAUUGGGCAUACGCCUACCAGUCCGAACCUCUAGUUGCCGGGCUAAUCUCGCAUUCCGGUACGGCCAUCAGCUUCCCGACAAACAAUAAGACAACCGCAGCAAAGCAUUGGUAUACUGUGUCUGCCCAGUUAGGCUGUGGAUCUUCAGGGGAUGUCCUGCCGUGCAUGAGGAAGCAGAACGCGAGUGCCAUUCUCGCCGCUGCUAGUGCACUGAAGGUUCCGACUACAAACCCUGCGAGGAAGGCACCGGCUUUCCAGCCAACUGUGGACGACGUGACUGUUUUUGAGAACUACACCUCUUCUUUCGCAGCAAGGGAAAUUCGCCCGCGUACGCCUUCCCACAAACAGCCCUAUCUGGUCGGGCACAACGCCAAUGAAGCAGGAUUCUACAAGAUCGCGAGCUACGCCCAGGGAUCGACAUUGACAGACAAACAGUGGAAUGACUUCAAUAUGCAAACGUUCUUCUGUCCAUCCAAUCUCGAAGCAGCACACCGGAGUCGCCGACAUACACCAGUUUGGCGAUUCCAAUACAACGCAGACUGGGAGAAUACCCGUCUUUACCCCACUAGUGGAGCAUACCAUGGGGUCGAGUUUAAUAUGAUUUUUGGAGCUUCUGCUGAGAUUACUGGUAUUGAUGAGUCUGAUGCCCAGCGCCAGCUGCAGGAUCAGAUGCGUUCGGCUUGGGGGUCAUUCAUUGCUGAUCCCCAACGCGGAUUGGAAGCCCUGGGAUGGCCAAUUUAUAAUCCUGAAGCUUCGACCCUUGUUGAAAUCGGUCUGGAUAAUCGUCCCAGCGUGUCUUUCGUGGACACAAAAAACUCCGCUCAGCGGUGUGCAGCUUUGCUGGCGCAGAUAUGA